AUGCGCUGGCUAAUGUAUGUCCUCAGUGCUACGGCGCUCAUCAGUUCUGCUACUGCUCAAGAGCAGCGAACGUAUUGCGACAGCUUAAAGCGCUGCUUCGCCUCAUUUACCAGUGACGGUGGCAUUACCUUUGGAAUCGCCAUUCCCGAGGGUGCUACUUCGGGCCAACCGUAUGAUGCCAUUUUCCAGAUCACUGCUCCCAUAGAGGUUGGUUGGGCUGGGUUGGCCUGGGGAGGGGCCAUGACAUAUAACCCCUGA